UUCACGUUGCUGAAGAAUUUUCGGCUCCUAUUGUGUGUCUGCUUAGCUGUCCAGACAGAGCAGCUAUAUUCUGCCUCAGUCCUUGUCCAGAUUCUGCAAACAGAUUGAGAAGUAUGGCGGUGACAACUCAGUUGACAUGGAUGCAAGAAAAGAAUCUGCAAAAUUAUUUUGGAGGAAAACAGUUUACCCUUCUCUAUAAAGCUAGUGUUCAUGAAUUCUCUGCCUAUGCUUUGUUUCAGAGAUGCUGUGGUCAAGGGCCGAUUAUGGUGGUGAUUUAUAAGGGGCACUGUAUUGUUGGGGUGUAUAUGAAAGGGGGUUGCAAGAAAGAGGAGAAAGUUUCCGCUGUCCUUUUUGCCCUUCAAGAGAAUAAAAGUUCAGAAUGCAAAAUAAGAUCACAGUUACCAACUGUAUGGUUUGAUGAUGGUAUUGGAGUAUGGGGUGACUUAGAAUUCCAUGUAAAUAUGAGGAAACAAGUGAUGACUAUGAACUCAGCUACAAUUGGAGAACUUGGAUUACCGCAGAUGAAAACUACUACUCCCUUUGAGGAAUGUGAAGCUUUUCGAUGUGAAGAUUUAUUGGGCAUAAGGACUCUGGAAGGAAUUACUGACCUCCGCCAGAGCUUAUUGUCAGACAUGAAAAUGUACAAACCAUAUAGAAACCUCGUUCCCCAAGUACGAAUUCUGCUGCUGGGCCCAACUGGAGCUGGGAAGUCUAGCUUUUUCAACUCAGUAAAGUCUGUUUUCCGAGGCCAUGUCACACACCAGGCUCUGGUGGGCUCUGAUACAACCGGGGUAUCUGACAAGUACAGGACAUAUUCCAUUAAGGAUAUGUUGGAUGGCAACUUGCUGCCAUUUAUUCUGUGUGACUCAAUGGGGCUACAUGUGAAAGAUAAAGGACUGUGUGUGGAUGACAUAGCCUACAUCUUGAAAGGCCACAUUUCUGACAGAUACCAGUUUAAUUCCAUGAAACCGAUCACACCAGGUCAUAGUAACUAUGUUGACUGCCCACUGCUGAAGGACAGAAUCCAUUGUGUGGCACUUGUGCUUGAUAUCAACUCUCUUGAAUACCUCUCUCAUGAGAUGAUAGCAAAGAUAAAAAAAACUCGAAGGCAGUUGAUAAAGUGUGGUAUGCUACACGUAGUUUUGCUCACUCAUGUGGAUAGCAUGGACCUGAUUACAAAAGGUGACCUAACAGACAUAUACAGAUGUAUUCCUGUAAAGCAGAAGUUACAGGUAGUCCACAAAGAACUUGGAUUUGCUCUUUCUGACAUCUUGGUGGUUAGUAAUUAUACCUCAGAGUGGGAGUUGGACCCGGUAAAAGAUGUUUUGAUCCUCUCUGCGCUGAGACAUAUGCUGUGGGCUUCAGAUGACUUCUUAGAAAGUGUGACCUUUUGAGGAAACAGAGAUUGGAGAAAAGGCACUAUCAAGUGUGUAAAAGGAGGAAACAAAUAUAUGAACCCUUCACAUACUAAUAAUUUUUAUCUCAUCAUAGAAGACAAAAAUUGAGAAAUAAGAAAAUACAGAAAAAAGAGAAGUAGUUGAAACAGAAGGGGCAUGUUUUAUUAUGUCUUGGAUGAAGAUGCACUUCAAACUCGUAAUAUCUGCCCAUAACUAAGAGCAGCAAGAUUUAAAGCCAUUGUAAAAAAAAAAAAGAUCAUAAAUUUUUUUGGAUUUAUUUUCUGUAUCUGUGAAAAAUGAAAAUUUCUUCUUGUAAACCCUGAGCUUAACUUCAAUGUGUAUGUGUGAUUUCGGAAAAGUUUACUUUAAUAUAACUUGUCAGCAACUUCUGAUCCUCACCCACGUUAUCUUAAUUUUGCCUUCUUAUUUUAUUUCUAAAGUAUUUGAGUGCUCACUCUGGCAGCACAUAUACUAACAUAUUUGAGUUUCUUUUUGGGUCUCCAAUUAAUGUUGUAUUCUUUCACGCACAGCUACUUUUUUUUGUUUGUUUAUUUAAUGUCUAAAACCCCCUUACAGGAUGUGGCAAUUAAUAUUAGUAAGAGUUCUAGAGGAUUAAGACUAGCAAGGACUAUAUUUGAUUUCUCUGUCAAUUCCAGCUAUUUUAGUUACAAGUGACAAAACUCAACCUGAAUGAUAUGAAUAAAAAGAUAAUCAAAUCAUAA